GGGGCGUGGAAGGCGAGCGCACCUGCUGGGCCACCGCUGCGCACUUGGCUCCGGCGCUGGCGGCGGACACCCAGAGGGCGCACAGCCCAGGCGGUAGAGGCACCAUCAACCAACGGACCUGAUCGUGGACAAGGCCGACACCCCGUGGGAGAAGAGUGAGGAUGGCAAACUUCAAGGGCCACGCCCUCCCGGGGAGCUUCUUCUUGAUAAUUGGCCUGUGGUGGUCAGUGAAGUACCCGCUGAAGUACUUUCACCAAAGAGGGAAGAAGAACAAACUGGACCACCUUCAGCAGCGUCUUGAGCUCAUUGAAGCCACGAUCAAGACUCUGUUCUCAGCCAUUGGGAUCUUGGCAGAGCAGUUUGUUCCUGAUGGGCCCCAUCUCCACCUCUACCAUGAGAACCACUGGGUAAAACUAAUGAACUGGCAGCACACAACCAUGUACUUGUUCUUCGGAGUCUCAGGAAUCAUUGACAUGCUCACCCUCCUCAUCGCUCACAUCCCCUUGGGUGUGGACAGAUUGGUUUUGGCGAUGGCAGUCUUUAUUGAAGGUUUUCUCUUCUACUACCAUGUUCAUGACAGACCUCCGCUGGACAAACACAUCCAUUCACUCCUGCUGUUUGCUUUGUUUGGAGCAAGUAUCAGUAUAGCCCUAGAGGUGAUCUUUCGGGACAACAUUGUGCUGGAACUAUUCCGAACCAGCAUCCUCAUCUUCCAGGGAACCUGGUUCUGGCAGAUUGGAUUUGUGCUCUUUCCUCCUUUUGGGACACCUGAAUGGGACCAGAAUGACAUGGACAACAUCAUGUUCAUCACCAUGUGCUACUGCUGGCACUACCUGCUUGCCCUCUGCAUUGUGGCCCUGAACUACUCUCUCGUUUACUGCAUUCUGACUCGGGUGAGGCGACCUGGAGGAGGAGAGAUUAUUGGGAUUCAGAAGCUGAAGCCCGAUCACACGUACCAGACUGCCCUUCUGAGUGGCUCGGAUGAGGAAUGAGAGGGGGCCACCCAUCCCGCUGAGCCCCGAGGCUAAGUGCCUAAGGCUCCUGUCCCUGGCUCUGAGGCCCGCCUUGGAUUGCUCCUACAGCACUGUAUCUUUGCACCUCCUCACUUAAUACGAAGUUGGAGGCUCUCAUAGACAAAACUGUGUAUCUUGCUGCUUGGGUUUUUGAAUCAUAACUUAAGACUGUUUAAUACCCUUCAUAACGAAAAACGAAGUGCCACCUCUAAGCAGCAAGCCUGUGUGUCUCCAUGCACAGAAACUAGACUGAAAAUCUAAACUAGUAAAUUAUUUUCUGGACCAAAGAGGGUACGAAUCCGACAGGACAUCAUGCUGCUUUUGAUAAUCUGCCUCUUUUUCUCCAAAGUAGGUACUUUCUUGUCAAAAAGACAUUAGGAGCUAUGUGAACAGCAGUGCCUUUGGCUUAGAACUGUAAUUCUAACUUUGGUAUUUUUUAAAAAACAAACGCUAUUCAGACUUUGGUAUCAUAAAUGUUGUUAAAUAUUAUCUAACUAAUCAUAUCAGAACACUGCAGUUCCACUGUUAAUAAGGUACAGAACGAGGCCAAAGGUAAUUUUUUUAAUCAGGAAGCUACUUAGCAGCCGACCUGAGAGCUGGAAUCUGCUGUCCUGACUUUGCAAAGCUUCCCUAACACAGGAGGCACAUAGGAGGUAAACAGGAAUCUGGGUAAUAAGGUAGCAAAAACGACGUCAGGUUACAUAGAGCUUGGGCUUUAACACAGCUGAAAGCAAAGACUAUGGAUUCUGAAUUAGUAAUUUAAGUCUUGAUUCUGGGUCUGUUUUUUCUUUAUUCCUUCAAAAGGAAGAUUUUAUUACACAUAAUAAUUUAUAAUUUAUUACAUGUAAGAAUCUAUUAAAACACUUUUCCCCAGCACUGAAAUGGCUCUAAGAAUUAAUCCAGUAUGAGUUCAGAAAGGAGCUGAGACUGCUAUUAGGGCGAAAUUUCCAGGCAGUUAUAUUCAGUGAUGGGCUCUGUGAAUGCUAAGUGCAAACCACAAGAGGAAGGAAGGGACGAGUCUGCCAUCCGGAAGGCAAAGGCACUUUCCAGGGAAGCACCAGAGGUAUGAGCGGUCAUGGGGACUGAGAUGUGUUCUGUAUGUAAGUGGAGAAAAGUGGGUCAGCACAAGGUGAGGGAAACCAGAGGGUCCCUUCUAGGUGCACGGCGCUUCUCCAUGUGAGACGCACUCUAACUCACCUGGCACUGAUCAUUGCCGACACCCUAAGCACACAGGGUCCCCCAGAUGCUGGUUAGUUAAAGGUACACAGCUACCACAUGGCAAAGCCAGUCUCUAGUCUGACUGGACCAUCCAGUGACUGGACCAUCCAGUCUUUCUCACCAUCCCACCCUACAUCAUGCAAGUCCAGCAGCAUUUACACAAAGCUCUGCACACCCUCUAGAAGGAAAACUGUACUUACAGGAAUAAGCAGUCAGACUUCCAGAGCUGAAACACAGCUUAGGGGUUAAGAAUGAGCUGCUGAACAUUAUUAACUUAUUAUUAUAGAACUCCCCUUUCAGGAUCUAGCUCAAUUCCUCAGCUGAGCAGGAACUCAAACAUCCAAGCAAAUAGUACCGGGGACCUAUUAUUAAAGGUGAUCCAAAGUGUGCUUUCCUUAGCAACAGAGGUAGCAAAGUAAACCUAUUCUCUGCCUUACUGUCACAGAAAAGAUGCACAUGUGAGAUUUCUUAAGUGCAAAAUACUUUAAUGUAUUCUCCAAGUUAAAGACUAAAGUAUAAACUAUUAAAAUUUCUUUUGGUGUCCUUCACACAGCCUGGUUUGGGAUAUCAUCAUGGCAGUGCCCGACCCGGCAUAAAUACGCUUAAAUAUGCUAUUAAAGUAGUCAUCGAAUCCUG